AAGGAAGAAAACAGAGACUUAAUGAGACAGCUGAGGGAGCAGCAACAGGCCACCCAGCUGCUACAGCUACAGCAAGAGCUGACUACAAACACAUCUGUACUGGGAUCAGGCUCAGAGAGGACUUCAGAACAAGAGGCCCUUUACAAAGAGAUCCAGGAAACCCACGACAGGAUAAAGAGGCUGGAGAAUGAAAAAGCUGAGAUGAAGUCCGAGAUCAGGAAGCUGAAGCUGGACGGCGCUUCCGUCCUGCGGAUUGAACUGGACGCCUGUAAGCAGGAGCUGGAGCUGGAAAAGAGCCGCAGUCAGGCUCUGAAUGGCAAAGUGCAGCUGCUGCAGUCUCGGCACUGGGACAAUGCUACUCCACCACAUGAACAGAUCAAGUUCCCAACAGCCUCCAAUACCACAGCAACAUCUGGCUUAGAGAUGGAUUGUCCUGUGUCCUCUCCAAGAAGUUCUCAGAUUUCCAGUCCUCAAGGAGAGCCGUUGGCCCUGGAGAGCCCCCGGGGCUUGAUGGCCUCAGGGGGCCUGUCUGAGGUGGAGAGACUGAAGCAGAAGCUCCAGAGGGAGACUGCAUCCCGGCAGGAAAAGGAGGCACUGAUCUGGACUCUGAGAGAGCAAUUAGAAGAACUGAAACUAAAGCAGCCAGGAGACAUCAAGCUUGUUGGCAGAGGGGUCCAAUGCCAGUUUUUCUCUCUCAUGCUUCAGGCCUCCCUGGAGGAAGUAGACACCGAGUUAGUGCUGGUCCGAGAAGAGCUGCAGAAGGUUUGGGACAUGCUGAAAACCCGUGAUACGGCACUGGAAGAACAACGGCUGAAGUUAGAAUCGUCCAGGAGCCAGUACACUGAAUGCAGCUCAGAGAAGCUGAGACUGGAACAACUCGUCGCCUCUCUGGAGCACCAGCUGGCGGAGAGAGAACAGGCCUUGAGGCACCUUCAACAAGCAAGUGAGAUGGAAAAAAACAAAUUGGAGAUUCAAGCCUCUUCAUUAGAGCUGAAGCUGGCAGAAGUGGAGGUCCUGAGAGACGACGCCCAGCGACGCAACCAGGCAUCAGGCCCCCUAGAGGUACAGAACUGGGGCCCCAGGCAGGGCCAUGCCAGCCACUCCCAAGGGAAGUGCUCCCGGUGCGAUGCUUUUCUGGCGCAGCUGAACAAGAUGAUUCAAAGCUGUACAAAGAAAGGGGCUGUGCUGCAGGAGGACCAGGCCUUGACCUACCUGUGUGAGCUGCAGGGGCUCCUCAAGGGGCUGAGUCCGUGCACGGCCAGCCAAGUCACAAGGAGCCCCCAGGAAAAGAGCCAGACCCUGGAACAGCAGCAUCAGUUGGUGACUGAGCAGCUCAAGGGCUUGUUCAGACAGAGGCAGCAGCUGCAGUCAGGGCACAGGAAGCUGUCAAGAGACCAGAAGGACGAGUGCUCAGUGGAGCAAUGGGUGACGAACCCUCAAGUGAAUGCAAGAGGAGCCAUCAAGCCACACGGGAAACCUCCACAGGAGCUAAAGGAAAAGCAGCAGCCUGUGCCAGGAGAUCUGGGCUUCUCCGCCAGCACCGAAGAAGCGCAGAGCCUCAGGCUGCAACUGCAAGAGAAAACGGAAAUGAUUUCCGCCAUGGCCUCUGAGAUCCAGGGACUGCAGCAAAAGAACGAACACCUGAUGAAAGCGAAACUGCGGUUUCAGCAGCAAAUCCAGGACAUCCGCAGCCUCCAGCAGCAGCGACAGGAAAGGAGCGACUCAGACCUGCUGGUUCCUAGGCUCUCCAGCCAGCAAGAGCUGGAGUUGGGCCUGAGCCAGCGGAGCGAUGGCUCUGGACCUCUGACUGGCGGUGAUCCCCAUGCUUCCUCCCUCUGCCCCUCGCACAGCAGAGCGGCUCUGUACCUAGCCAAGCAGGUGGUGCUGCCCGAGGCAGGAGACGAGCUGCGUUGCUUCAGUUCUGAAAGCAGUGGCAGCCAGUCCCACAGGUCCCAGGCAGGGUCAGAACUGCCAGCGCCACCGCUGAGCAAGCUCCCUGCUGAUUCUGUGACUGGGAAGCUGUCUCCCCCUUCCACACUGCCCCUCCCAGCCUCCACCUCAGCAUCUGGCAAAUCCUCCCCCGAGGCCCGCUCCUCCCCAGUGAGCCCCCGGAGUCAGCCUGGAAGCCAGGAGUCCUCAUAUACUCCCAAGGGGGCAGUGCUGCUCUCGCCGAGACCCUUCCGGGCACAACGACUGGGCUCUCCCUUUAAAUUCAGAGUGAGCCCGGAACCCCCAGGGGAGAGCUGUGGCAGCUGAAGCACCCUGUCCGUUGAGGUCAGACUAGAUGAUCACAACGGGCCUCUUCUGGCCUUGGAAUCUAUGAAUCCUGCAUGGCUGGGUACAUGUGGCUUUGAAUGAUCUGCUCUGUGCCCUCUCCUUGUCCUCUGAGCUGUUCGCCGUAGAGUCUGGCUGGUAAAUGAAUGAACAUAGCAUGUUCUCUUGGAACUGGCUGUUUCCCCCUGGCAGCGGGGAAAGGUGGUCUCCUGACCCCUUGGGUUGGAAUUCAGAUUGGGGGCAUUACAGGGGAGGGGCUGUUCUUGCACUAGCUGGGCAACUAAGUCCAACAGUCCUCGAUGCCUCGCCCUGCGCACCUGGGCCUCCUGGAGUUGGGAGCCACCAGUGUGGUCUGUGAGCAGCAAAUGGUUUGAUGUAUGCUACAGGUUCUUCCCCUGCCCUCCUUGCCCGAGCAUCUGAGCACCUGCCGCUCAUGCAUUAAGGGAUUUGACUCACUUUUGCCACACAUAGGUCUUGCUUUCGCUCGUCUUCUCCUCAGGGGGAGAACUGUGCAGUGAAGUGUUGGGAAACAUACCCCCUGCUCUGUGUUUAUAUGGGGAAGGGACGGUCAGAGGGGUGCGCCUGGCACCUAGACCACAAGGUAGGGAGGAUUGUGAUGGUCCUUGGGUUCAUCCCACAGUCUGAGGCUGGCCCCCAAGAGAGCUCUGCCUCCUGCAUAGCCGAGCCGAGCUUUACCCUGAAGUUAGGAAGUGCCUUGGUGCCAGAGGAGCAGAGCCCAGCCAGGCCCCAGCCCAGAGCUUUAGGUGAUCUUCUACAUAGGCUGGGCCUCUUCUGUUCCCCCCGAGAUAGAGAGCUGCUUCUCCUUCCCUGGAAGCUCAACCUCCUGAGGGAGAGAAGGCCUUAGAUAGAGUACCUCAAGCUACACCAGCUGCACUGCUCAGCUGCUGCACUGAGGAACAGGUAGCAGAGCAGGCCCUCGUAGCUCUCUGCCUCCAGUUCCCUCGUCCCUAGCAGCCCUGCCUUCAGAGUCAUCAGGCAGUGAUCACCGGAUGGGCCGACCUUUUGCACUGUAAGCCAGAUCUCCCUUACUGCUCACCGCUGUGCUGCUGCAGCCCUUCCAAAGAGCUGGAAGAGUUGGUGGAGGGGGCAGGUGCCCCACUGGCAGUGUUUGGGUUUCCCAGGGAAGUGGGGUUCAGUGGUGGGCAGCUAAGGAUUGUCAGCAUAGUCACAGAUGGAUUUGAUUUUUGUGAAGGCCUGAUGCCCUCUGGAGCAGGCCUUGAUCCUCUCCCCCAGCUCUCCGUGCUGCCCUGUGCUUGCUGUGAAAACCCCUUGGCAUCGGGCACCGAUCGCUAUCCCCGCAGCUGAUUUCUGGGGUGGGAGCGAAUCCCCACUCUCACUAUUCUGCUUUCUGUGUGGAUAAUGUGUCUGUCUUCC